UAAACGAAAAAUUACACUUCAAAGAACAGCUUUUACAUACGUUCUAAAUUGGAGGGAGUAAUUGGUGGUCUGACACCUAAAACACUUCAUUGAACAGCUGUUGAACAGGCGAGGAUAACUACUGAGACACCAGGAGACACUAGUCUAUUUAGUAGUCUCAAUACUAGUCUCACCAAGAAUGUGUAUAGACUUAAAUCAUAAUGCAAGCCUGUUGGAGAAACCAAAAUGCAGGGAAGAAAAUUCACAUAGAACCUAAAGAAAAAGUUUAACACCUAAAUACAGAUGCUCCAUAUAUAUACAUGAUACAUGUAUAAGACCAUAUUGUAGACUAUAGAUCACUUUAUUCAAGAUCACGCAAGAUUUCAUACUUUCGAAAUAAUCAUAAGUAAAUUGUGGUGAAUGCAUAUUGUUGAAAAUUAGAGAACACAUAAGAGAACACAUACUGUAUAUAUAUAUAUAAGGUCCUGGAUGUGAUAUGUUAGAGAAAAUCUAAGAGAACACAUACUGGAUUUAAGGUUUUUAAAGUGAUAUACGCUGUAAAGGUUUUAUAAGUCAAUAUCAUGUCUGAGAAACAUAAAAGAGCACACAGCGAGGAUUUAUCUUUUAUGUGUGAAGUUUGUGGUAAAAGGUUUGGUCAGAGAGGUCACUUACAAAGACACAUGAGAACACACACAGGUGAUAAACCUUUUAAAUGUGACGAAUGUGAUAAAGAAUUUUUACAAAAGUGUGACAUAGAGAAACACAUGAGAACACACACUGGUGAUAAACCUCAUAAAUGUGAUGUAUGUGGUACAAAAUUUACUAUGAGUCAGCACUUAAAGGGGCACAUGCGAAUACACACUGGUGAUAAACCCCACGAGUGUAAAGUAUGUGGUAAAGCGUUUAGUUCGAGUCACAAUUUAAAAAGACAUGGGAAAAUACACACUGGAGAUAAACCGUAUAAAUGUGGGGACUGUGGAAAAGAGUUUAGUCGGGAUAUGCACCUUAAAAGACACAUCAAUACACACACUGGUGAUAAACCUUAUAAAUGUAGUGUAUGUGGAAGAGGAUUUGGUGAUAAUGGGAAUUUACAAAGGCACAUAAGAACACACACUGGUGAUAAACCACACAAAUGUGAUAAAUGUGAAAAAGAAUUCAUUCAAAGUAAUGACCUACAGAAACAUAUGAGAUCCCAUACUGGAGAUAAACCUUAUAAAUGUGAUGUGUGCGGGAAAUGGUUUACUCAAAGUACUAGCAGAGAUAAACAUGUACGAACACACACGGGUGAUUAAUAAAACAAUGAGUAUUAUCAUAUUAUGUAUGUUAUGUAUACAUGUACAUUUUUGUAUAGUUUUAAAAAGAUGUCAGUCACAUUCAUUUAUAACGGAGAGACACACACAAGUCAUGUAGCUAGUUAUUAGCCUUUUAUUAAAACUUUAAAAAAAAAAGCAGGACCGGAUAGAGUGAAAAAUAAAAAGGCAGAACAGAGAUUACAACUAAAAAAAAUGCAGGACAAAAUUUUUCAUCCUAGCCCCCCAUAAAACAAAUGGUAACUCCCUAACUUUAUUAUGUUUAUCAAUGUUUUAAUAUACAUGUUAUUUUAUAGUUUGAUAAAUCAAUGUCAUGAUCAAAUGAUUUCUAAAGUCAACAAUUGUUUAAUAAUAUAUAUAGAUUCUUACAUUGAUA